CGGCUCGGUGGAGGCGGGGCUUACGUGAGGGCAGCAGCAGCGGUUCAUUCAUGUUCCGACAGAAAGGUGUGCUCAUCCGCUGCUCUGCAGCAGAAUCCCUCCGCCGCCUCCGCCGCGCAGCUGCUCCUUCAAUCACAGAGGAUGGGGAAACACAACAGCAAGCUUGCCCCGGAGGUCCUCGAUGACCUGACCAAGAACACAGAGUUCAACGAAGCAGAGCUCAAACAGUGGUACAAAGGCUUCCUCAAAGACUGUCCCUCAGGCAUUCUGAACCUGGAAGAGUUUCAGCAGCUCUACGUCAAGUUCUUCCCUUACGGUGAUGCCUCCAAGUUCGCUCAGCACGCAUUCAGGACAUUUGAUAAGAACGGGGACGGGACGAUCGACUUCAGGGAGUUCAUCUGCGCCUUGUCCAUCACCUCCAGGGGUAGCUUUGAGCAGAAACUCAACUGGGCCUUCAACAUGUAUGACCUGGAUGGAGACGGAAAGAUUACCCGCAUGGAGAUGUUGGAGAUCAUCGAGGCCAUUUACAAGAUGGUUGGCACGGUGAUAAUGAUGCGUAUGAAUGAGGACGGGCUGACCCCUCAACAGCGCGUGGACAAGAUCUUCUCCAAGAUGGACAAAGAUCACAACGAUGAGAUCACCUUGGACGAGUUCAAAGAGGCCGCUAAGUCCGACCCUUCCAUCGUCCUGCUGCUUCAGUGUGACAUGCAGAAGUAGGGAGGGAAGUUGGGGGGGGGCAGGGGUGGGGUAACAGCUCAGCUGAACAGAGGGAACAGAGAAGGCAGGGGGGUGCAGGACCCCGAUUGAUGCCAUUCUUUUUUCCAGCUCCCUGCUGAGCGCUCCUGCUGAUCCAGGUUAGAUGGAGGUUUUAGGAGGACGUGAGCUCAAAGUUCCACAGAUCAAAGAUCCAGAUCUGUGUUCUCAGCUGCUGACCUGCAGGCUGAGGAGGCUUAGCUUUUGCUUUAUUUUCUACCAGAAGCAAAAGCUUCGCCCAUUCCCUAUGAAAAGAAAAAAGAAUGGCAUUGAGUGGAACAUCCAUCCAUGUGUCCAUCCAGACUCUGCACUGCAGGAUAAUCCGUGACACAAACAUUCCCUCAUACUCUCUCACUUGUGUGUCCGCGUGUACGCUUUUGCAUGUGUGUGUCUUUAUGUUUCUGGAUGUUUUUUUGUUUGUAUGUGUUUGUGCGUGUAUGCGUAUAUUUGUGUCUGCAUUGUUUGUGCAUGUGUAUACCCGAGUGUGUGUGUAUUUAAGCACUUAGUGUGUGCUGUUUGUGUGUGUGCUUGUGUCUGAGUGUCAGCUUGCAUGUGUGUGUGUGUGUUAUUAGUUUGUGAGUUUAUGCAAGCACCGAUUCUGUGAGUUGUUUGUGUGUAUGCUUGUCUCUGGGUGUAUAUAUUGUGUGUGCGUGUGUGCACACGGGAGUGUGUCUGCGUAUAUGAGCCCUUGUGUGUGUGCGUGUGUCUGUAAGUAAGCACUUGUGUGCAUAUGUUUGUGUGGUAUGUGGGUGUAUAGGUGGGCAUUUUUGGGUGUGUGCAUAUGGGAGUGUGUCUGUGUAUACAAGCCCUUUUAGUGUGUGUGUUUGUAAGUAAGCACUUGUGUACAUGUGUCUGCGUGUUGUUUGCAUGUGUGUCCUUGUGUGUGUUGCCUGUUUGAAAGUUUAUGUGUGUUUGAAGAAACUGCCUCAUAAAACUACAAUCAUUCCACCAGAACUAUUUCUGCUGUCAGAUUUCAGCUCAGAAUACGGUCUGGAUUGUGUCUCAGAUUGUGUGUCAGAUUGUGUCUCAGAUUACGACCCGUUGCAGGUGAAGGAAGUCUCAGACAGCUGCCUGCCUCAUGCUGAGGUCCACUGCUGUGCUGCUGUGGAACUACAAGCUGUGGCUUUGUCCAAAUCCUUAGGGAGCACUUUUGAUCUGAUUAAAGUCUUCCGUGUGAUGUAAUCUGAGAUUUGCUCAGCAGGUGAGCAGAUUUUGACAUUUCCCUCUUUUUGAUUUGUGACUAAUUACAGAUGCUUUGCUUCUAAUCCCACAUUUUGUGGCCAAACGCUGCGAAGGUGAGUCAGUCAGUCUCUCUGCUGACUUUCAAACACUAAUGGAUUGGGAUAAUAGGGGGAUUAAGUCAAGAACUUUGUAGCAUUUAAAUGAUGCAAAGAUGAUGAAACCUGAGGUAAAAGUCAGCUGACUGCAGGUUGAGUUCCUGCCUAACAUGACCAUACCUGUUGAAGUGUCCUUGGGCAUGACGCUGACCCCACAUUGCUCCUGCUGGCCUGGAUUCAGUGACUAAAUGUGUGAAUGCAGGAAAAGUGCUUCAAAUGUCAAAAAUAUAGACAGAAGCGAGUUCUGUUUUUUUUUGUUGUUAUUGUUGUUGUUGUUGUUUGUAAGGAAACAGGCUGAUUUACUAAGAGGACCACAGUUUAACAGAAAGCAUUCAAGUCAACCGAAUGUUUCAAUGAAGCACCAGAAGAAAUUGAGAAAACUCCAACAGAAUUACACGUAAAUAUUGUGAUUCCUAAAGCUAACAAACACUGCUAAAUCACAUAACUUGAAUUUUACGAAGCAAAAUUUUUUUAAAAAUGGCACUCCAUACAAGCACGAAGCUAAAAGAAUGUCUUAAAAACAGCAAUAAUCCGAGUGUUAUUCCAGCUGCACUGACACAGCAGCAUUUCUGAUAAAUGCCGAACGUUGGCCUGUAAUUCGCUGCGGUCUCAGGAAGCGCUCGACUCCUCUCUGCGCUCGCCUGUUCUCUAAGUUCUUCUCUAAAUGUCACAGGAAGUGCUUUGAUAGAAGCGGGAGGAACGCUGUUGAGCUCGAAUCGAUGUGAUGCAGAGCAAAAGGUCAUGGGGGUCAACCUCUUUUCAUCGCUUUAGUUCACUUUUCAAAUCUACAGAAUAAACAACCAGGUGACGUCCAGCAGCCGGGUUUAUGUUGAAGUUCCUCUCCGAUCAUCUUCUGAUCUGUUGUCAAAGCCUUCCCUUCAUUAUGAUUAUGCCCUAAAAAAAUGUGUGCAUUUUCUAGGAUGUAGUUCUAAGUUGGUCUGGAGUGAGUCUGCCCUCAUUUCCCAUCAUCCCUUUGUUUACACUCUACUGCUAGCUUACAGCCCCUCACCCACCCAAGCUAUCAUCAAUAUGAUGAGGAAUAUUGAAGCUACCCAGCUGUAGAGUUUGGAUCCAGCUCAGACGAGGUAAACAAAGACGUUCAUGGGUCUGUCUGCAUCAGAAUGGGGCGGAGCAGAGACACUGUGGCCUGCUGUAGUAACUUACACGUCACACGUGCACACUUUUUCAAAAAGCCUUCUUCUAUUUGCUCCUGAUUCACAAUGAUUUGAAUAAAAAUGUUCAGGACGUUAUUUUGAGCUGAAUUUUUUUAAUAAAGAAAAAUGCAGCUUUUUCACUAGCGUGAGUCUAUGAAGUACUGCCAGUUUUACUGAAUGGAAUAUAAAUAAUGCUUUGGGGAGAUUUAAGAAAAACGAUUGAUUGAUUUGACUUUGGUUUCUAACUUUAUUUGAAUCUUAGAUUUCUGUUGUUCAGCAAUUUGUCAGAACAAUUAUAUUUCUGAAUUCUGACCGUCAUGACAAAGUCACAGUUUACAGAUCAAACUGAGGUCCAGCCGGGCCUCAGAACUUUGACUUCUCAGCGUCUGCGUUCACACAGACCGACGUCUCCUCAGAUGUUACCUGGGCAGUUGUCUGAGACUUUCAGCACUCCUGCAGUUCAGACUCGAUAAACUGGAAGACCUGCUUUCAUUUCCCUGCUGUCAGUGAGAGCCAGUGGUUCAUCCCAGCAGACGGUAAAGAUUCUCCCUCUCUGAGGCGUCAGGAGUGAUAACGUUAUCAUAUAUCUCCAUGUACAUUACAAUGUAAUCGUAUUUAUGAAUAUAAACUAAUAUGAUGUAAAUGUACCACUAACUUAGAUGAAUUUCAUAAAAACAGCUGUUGUGUGUGGGAGAGUGCGAGUAAAGGCUGUGUGUGUGUGAGACACUUCAAGUGUUUUGUAUUUGUAUUUACUGUGUAAUAAGAGAUGUGUGGGUCUAGUUUUGACUUUGUAAAUUCUCACCUUGAGGCACUGAGUAUUAUUUCCCUGUUUUUGCUCUUUGUGCUCUGCGGGAAAACAUAAUGUUUGUCUCCAACAUGGAGCGCAUUGAUUUGCCAGCCUGGUGAUCUCCACCCUUCAUACAUGCAUCCUGGGCUGCAUGCAGCGCCUCAUGAUGUAACUGAUAAAAGCAGUCCUGUGUCACAGUGCCCCCCAGUGGACGGGCUCAGACAGCGGGACCAGUGUAGAUGAAGAUGAGAGGAUGGAGCCUGCAGAUCAAAGUCAGCAGCAUUACACAACUCGCCUCUUGUGUUUGAUGUGUUCAGAAUCUGAGGAUUCAUUAUGAAAAUCUUAUUUCUUUCAUGCAGGUCAGCACAGAUGCUCAGAAACCAACCUUUGAAAAUGUCGAGUCCAAACAAAAUCCUUUUUCAAUUUCAUACAAGUUAUCUUUGCAGCUUUAUGGAGGAAAAUGUAAACUGGGAUUGAUCAGAAAAAGAUGGAACUACAUUAUCCUGCAGCACAAUUCUGUAGCCAAGGAACUUAAAUCUAAAAAUGUCUCACUACUGCAUUAUUUACAUAAGGAACACUUUGACAUUUAGGUGAUUCAGAUGUAAAAAAAAGAAAACUAUCAUUUAAAAAUCAUAGUUUUUUAGUACUUGAAGACCAACCAGGACUGGAUAUUUUGAAUCAUAAACGGCUGUGACCAGAAGAUCAGUUAUUGAUGACAGGAGUUGAGUUUUUGCAACAAAAUGUAAAGAUUUAAUUGACUGGUGCAGAAACCAUGGAGCUGAAGCUCUGCUGGGAAUAAAAUGAAACACCUUUUCAAACAUUAUUUGUUGAUAUUAUGUUUAAAUAUUGGGGAAAUGGACAUUUUUGCUGCAGCUGCCAUCAAAUGUACAGAGCUUUUAGACACGUAUCAGUCAUUGGCUUUUGAGUGUCGUCUAAUAUUAGAAUACGGGAUCAAAAGUAAUAAUAACUAAUAACACCAAAUAUAGGCCAUUCUAUGUAGAAGUUUGACACUAUGUGGUUUUUUCUCUGAAAUAAAUCCUGCAGAUAAGAAGCUUUAGAAAGUUCUGCUCCUGUUGACCUCAGUCUGACAGGAACUUCCCGAGUCGUGUUCAUCAGUUAUGACAUUUGUGCGUCUGCUCAUGCAGCUCUGCCUCUUUCUGUUGUGUAGACUCAGCAUUAUUUAUUUUUUUGGCCUGGUUACUGGUGUACUUUCCCGUUUGGCAGCAGAGAGCUUUGUUUGGAGGCCUCACAGAGUGGUUCUGCAUGAACGGAUCCGUCCUGACACAUCCACAGCCUCUUCCAGUGCAGCUUUGCAGACUCCAGUGCUUCACCUUUCCACUUGACUUUGUGACCCUCAAAGAUGUUUAAAUGAGAGACAAACGUGUGUUUUUGUUUCUUUUUUUUUCCUGCUUAAGCUCCAAACAGACAGUUGUGAUGUCAAUACAACACUAUUAUGUACCGGGAAUAAUUUGUGCUCUUUUUGUGCAAUAUGAAUCACGCUGUUCACCAUUUUUCUUCAUGUAAAUUUCUGUUUGUCCGUUAGGCCAUUUAGAUUUUUUAUGUUUUAAAUAUUCUUACUCUUAGAACAAAGAAAAUGUAAUUAUUUUUGGUACAUAGAAUAAAAGGAAUAAAUGUUU